AUGCCUAUAGCGAUGGUCCAAGUCCAAGUCCAAGUAGACCUCCAAGUGUACAAAAACAACGAGCUGUUCUACUACAUCGACGGUUAUGACGUCCAGAAAUCAAAUUGGAUGCGUUACGUAAACCCGGCUUAUUCGUCCGAAUCGCAGAACCUGAUAGCAUGCCAGUACAAGAUGAACAUUUAUUUUUACACGAUCAAGCCGAUACUACCGAAUCAAGAGCUUCUGGUGUGGUAUUGCAGGGAGUUCGCGGAAAGGCUCAAUUACCCGUUGACGGGCGAACUGAUGCUUCAAAGAAUACGACAACAAGUGCAACAAUCCGCGUUACCGACGGAGAUCCCAGCUACCGUGGACGCGGUGUCGCCCCUGAAAGACUCGUCGAUCUACGAGAGACGGUCGCAAAUGACCCCGACGGACGGCUCCGUUAGAUCGGACGAGGGCUACCAUUCGAACGGUUAUCACGACGAGAUCCUCACGCCCCCGGAGGAGAGCAGCGAGUCGGACUCGGAGAACAAUUACGUGCUCGAUUUCAGCAAGAACGCGAAAACGUCGGUGUGCAGCAACGAGGUGGUGAAGCAGGACAAUGCGGCGGCCAAGAACGAGUACAGGAAGGUUAAGAUCAAGAUCACCAAGACGUACGGCAACUUUCAAACGUCGAAGAGCCUGGAUGGAAAAGACAAGGAUCAGGAAUUGCCUAGCAGGGCGGUGACCCCGGAACUGCAGAAACCGGUGUCGCCCAUAAUUCUUCAGAAGAGCGUUGUCCUGACCACGGUCGCCGAGGACGAGGUGGCGGAGAAAAACCCGAAACCCUUCUACGAGUCCGAGGUGAAGGGCGCGUUGCCCGUGACGGCCGGUAACGGGAGGCCGUCGGGGUACCUCGCCAGCCCGAGCAGCUCCAUCCUCGAGAACAUCCUUCUUCGCACCGCCACCGACAACAACAACAACACCAACAACGCCAACAACGGCCACCACCACCACCACCACCACCACCACCACCACCAUCAUCAUAAUCAUCACAACAACGGCCAACAGCAGCAUCACCAACAACAGUCCAUCCACCAUCACCAAACGCACGUGGACUCGGUCACGCCGCCUCCCUCGAGCCCCACCGAGAUGGCGUACUCUUACAAAAAGUCGCAUCGCUACGGCAACAUUUUACCUUGCAGCCCGGACUCGAGCUCGAAUCUCCCUAUGCAACCGGACACCUGCAACGUCAAUUCGACGAGCGGGAACAACAGCGCCCUUCCUAUGCAAAGCCCGACGCAAAGCGCGAAUUUGCACUCGAGCACGGGAGGAGGGGCGGCCAACAACAACAACAACAACAACCUUCUGCAAUCCCAUCCGGGGAAUAUACAUUCGUCGAGCAACAAUUCGGGCGGCAAUCAUCACUCGGGCGCGAGCGUCGUCCUAUCGUCCAGCGCGAUGCUCACGUCCACGAGUAAUCUUCACCCCUCGACGACCACCCCGACCAACCACCAAGGCUGCCAACCGCCAUCCAAGAGAAAGACGAAGAGCCCCUCGCCGAAUCCAGCGGGGGGCGCGUCCACCACCAUCCUUUACUCGAGCGGCUCGGGCGGAUGCCAAAUAGACUCGAGCCCCGUGUAUCCCAACUCGGCCGCGAACGGGAAUCAGAGCGUGUCCCCGAUCUCGCCCAUCCAAUCCCCCUCCUCCUACCCCUACGGUAUUUACCAUCAGAACGGGUCGUUGCAUCACAACGUGGCCCCCCUGUCCAUCAAUUGCACCGCCUACUCGCCGACCCCGAGCGGGAACGUGGUGUACGAGAGGACGGACGGGAGGAGGCUGGAGGCUGCGACGAGCAGCCAUCAGUUGCCGACCUCGUCCACGAUGCAGAUGGACGGUAAUCAGACGUUGAUCGCUGGCACGCACAAUCUACACCUAGGCCAUCACCCUGGCCUCACCAUCCACGCCAACUCGUCCUCGUCCCUCAACCGAUACUCGCCCGCGAGCUCUUUGUCCCCGGACGAUCACGGUUGCUCGCAGAGCGGCUCCCUCAGCCCCAACUCGCAAGGGUCGAGGGGUUACAGGUCGUUGCUACCGUUGAAGAAGAAGGACGGCAAGAUGCAUUACGAGUGCAACGUCUGUUGCAAGACGUUCGGCCAACUGUCGAAUCUCAAGGUGCAUUUGAGGACCCAUUCCGGGGAGAGGCCGUUCAAGUGUAACGUUUGCACCAAGAGUUUCACGCAGCUGGCCCACCUGCAGAAGCAUCAUCUCGUCCACACCGGUGAGAAGCCGCACCAAUGCGAAAUCUGCAAGAAGAGGUUCAGCUCGACCUCGAACCUCAAGACGCAUCUGAGACUGCAUUCCGGCCAAAAGCCCUACGCCUGUGACCUGUGCCCCGCGAAAUUCACCCAGUUCGUCCACUUGAAGUUGCACAAGAGGUUACACACGAACGAAAGGCCUUACACCUGCCAAGGUUGCGACAAGAAGUACAUCAGCGCGAGCGGGCUUAGGACCCAUUGGAAGACGACCAGUUGCAGGCCGAAUAAUAUCGAGGAUGAGCUUGCCCUUGCCGCGGCCGUAGGCUCGCCGACUUAUUACGAGUACGGCCCCGAUAUGAACGUCGGAAACAUGCCGAAGGAAUGCGAAUUGGAGCACAUCGAUAAUUACGAGAGGCACGGAUCCACUCACGGACCGCACUCCACGUCUCUCCACAACUUGGAGAAUUCCGUGGGGCGGCCAAGCGUCAUAGAGACCUCCCAGCCUCAUAUAAUCGAGUGCACCUAAAAAUGGGGGUAUGAGCCCUUUCGCUCAAACGCAAAAUCCAGCCGUGGAAUAGUAAACGAGUUGCUCACGACAAACGAAAACGAUGUUACCCUCGUGAGAUGGUAAGCGAGAGCCAUACUCACGAUUCCACGAUUCCCUUCGAAAUGG